AUGGAAGCUCCACAAUUCAAACCUAUACAUGAUGUUAUACGAAUAAAAAAAAAAGAACAUGAUGUUAAUAUAAAAUCUGAUAUAUAUAAAAAAUUUCUUGAAUUAAAAAAGGAAGCUUGUAAAAACCUGGAAAAUAAAAAUGUCAAAGUAAUUAUAUAUGAAAAUAUAAAUUAUGACGAAAUAAAAAAUAAAAAAAAAAAUGAAAAAGACCAAGAGAAUUAUAAUAGUAGCAGUAGUAAUAGUAAUGUUUGUGAUGAAAAAUAUAAUGAAGACAUUAAUAAAAAUAAUGAGAAGAAAAAUAAAAAAAGAGAUAAUAUAACAAAGAAAAAUAUAAAAGAUGAUAAAUAUAAUGAUGAUAAAUAUAAUGAUGAUGAUAAUGAUGAAAAUAAUAAGAAUAAUAUACAGAAUGAUAAAAAAGAAUAUAUUGAUGAUGUAGUAAAAGAAGAAAAAAAAAAUACAAAAGUUUUAGGUACCUUAAAAAUAUUAUAUAAUUUUUAUGUUAACUUAUAUGAUAAAUUAAAAGAAGAUGUUGAAAACAUACAGAAUAAUACAAAUAAUAAUAAUAUAGAUUUAUUUAGAGAUAUAAACCUUUAUACAAAUUAUAUAUCUAUGUUUGAUAUUUUAAAUAUAUGUGAGGAUUUGCAUAUUAUUAAAAAUUUUAUUAACUCUAAGAAGGAAUGUGAAUUAAUAUGGAUACUAACACUUAAUUAUUUUGAUAAUAUUAAAGAGAACGUUUUUCAAAGGUAUAGACAUAAAAUAAAUGUAACUUAUAAGAGAAGAAAUACAUUAGAAAAACAAAAUGAAAAAAAAAAAUUACAAGAAGGUACUACACAAAAUGUUGAACAAAAACAAAUCAAACAUGAAGAUGAUGAUAAUAAUAAUAAGGAUGAUGAUAGUAAUAAUAAGGAUGAUGAUAGUAAUAAUAAUAAUGAUGAUAAUAAUAAGGAUGAUAAUAAUAAAAAUGAUGAUAAUAAUAAUAGCAAUCAUCAUAAUAAUAUUAAAGGAAAAAAAAAAGAUACACAUGAUGAAAAAAUCAAUGUAAAAAGUGAUAAUUCCUAUAUACAGAAAAAAAAAAAAAAUAAUAAUAAUAAUAAUAAUAAUUCUUAUUAUAAUCAUAGCUAUAGUCAAGAAAUACAUAAUCAAGAUACAUAUUACACAGAUGAGAACCACAAUAUUAAAGAAUAUAUUUAUGAUCAAUUAUAUGAUAAAGAAAAUUGUAUAAUGUAUAGAAAAGUUAACUUUUUUAUAUUUGUUUAUAUUUUAAUAUAUAUUAUAAAAACUAGCACAAGAAAAAUUCAAGCUAUUAAAGAUGAUAUUAAAAAAGUAAAAAGCUUUUUCUUCUUUUUAAAUUUAUAUGAAAAAAAAAAAACUAUAGAAAUAUUACAAAAUAUAUAUAAAGAUAAAUAUUUACAAUUCUUUCAAAAUUAUAAAGGAAGAGAAGAAAUAGAAGAUUAUAGAAAAAGAAAAAUAUUUCGUCAUAAAUUCUCUUUUUAUAAUAUCAAUAAAAUAUUGCAUGACAAAGAUGAUUUGAUAAAACUUAAAAAUAAAAAUAUCCAACAUGAUAAAGAAGAUAAAAAAAGAGCAAAUCGUCAAAUUGAAAAAAAUAAUAAUUUUCAUAUUUUGAAAGGAAUGAAGGAAGAAAAAGAGAAUGAAAAGGAGGAACUCAUUUUAAAUAUAUCCAAUAAAAUAAAUGAUGAGGAGGCAAGAAAAAAAAGGGAAGAUGUUAAUAAAUACGAGUUAACAAAUUAUAUGGAAACUAUUGAUAUGGAGAAAAAAAAUAUUGACAAUAAAUUUGUUCAAGUAGAAAAUAAAAAGGAUACACUUUUUAAAGAUCCAAAUAAAAAUACUGAAAAAAAUAAUAAUAAUAAUAAUAAUAAUAAAAACAGUAACAGUAGUUGUUGUAGCAGUAGUAGUGACGAGCAUGGUAAUCAUAAUAAAAAUAAUGUCCUAUUAAAUCAAUAUAUUUUUGAUUAUAUAUUUAAAAAUUAUUGUUAUAAAAAAAAAUAUUGGAAAGUCAGAGAAGGUAUAUGUGUAGACUAUGGCAUCAUAAAAAAAGAAAAAAAGAAAUUUAAAAUAGACAUAUAUAAUCAUAGUAAAUAUAAUAUUAAUGUAGAUAUAGAUAUAGACAAAGAGUUACCAUUAUUAGUAAUAUUCAAAGAUAAAUUAUUUUGUAUUAAUUCAAAAUAUUCAAUAUAUUUACAAAUAGAUAAUAAUGCAAAUACAGGAGAAAAAAUUGGUUGUAUUCAUGUUAAAUGUAAAUAUAAAAAUGUAUAUAAACAAGAAACCUUUUUCAAAAUACCAGUAUAUAUCUGUUUAAAAUAG